CCAAUGGCUCUGGCCCCCUCCCACCCGCGGCGCAUCUGGCCAUAUCUGCUGAUUCUCAGCGUCGCCCUCCCCCCAGUCUGCAGAGAUCAAUUCCCCCAUUGGGGGCACUGCCGUGUCUGCCGUGAUGUCUCUGAGGUCUGCCCUGGUCUAGACCCUUCUGGAAGCAAGGCAGCCGCAUGCUGCGAGAGAACAUGCAGGCCCCUUCUCCCUCCUCCCUCCUCUCCUUUCUCUUUCGACUUCAGCCAUGGAAUCUGCGUCUAUUUCUCGUGGUCGAGAUAACCACGCUGCCUUGUCUGACACUUGGGGCCUUUGCUGUCUGUUAUUUUCGAUUCGUGUAGACCAGUGACAAUAAAACCAUGAUUCAUUUUUUUUCACUAGCUCGCCGGGUGCCCAUCUGUUUGACUGACCAUGGUGACAGGCAUCUGUCAGAUAUUCAGGAGGCGAAGAACAUCUCGAAUAGGGACCGACAACAGCUCAGCACACGAUUGACGGGAUCUGCUCCGAAGCAUUUGUACCCACCAUCUUACCCAGCCUCCCGUCUUCAUACUGUCUGACCAACCAUAGCAGGCCGGGAGAAACUCCGUAGCGUCGUGAAUGGAUCAAGCAGCCCUGUCUCUACACUGUACAGUACAAUACACACCCUUCCAGUUGGAACCAUCUAGGCCCUACACCGAACUCCUGUCCCCAUCCACCUCCCUACCGUCUCCCAAGAACCAAGUUGAACAGCACCGUUGAGCGCUGAAGGCGCCUGUCUGUCCCUGACAGCCCGGGCACGUGGAGCCGAUACUUCGGAUAUCCUGGCUCCAUCGUUAGUCUCCCGACCUUGAAUUUGCACCUCCAUCCCGCGCCAGACAUUUUAGUCAAGAGGCUUGCCGUCAAAGCCAUAUUCAUGGCAACGCCGCCGUCCCAUCGGCCUUUGAGGGCCCUUCUUCCUGCGGACACGGAGAGAGCCGGGGGUGAGCGCGGAGCCUUGUCUUCGGCUUCGUCCAGUCUCGGACCCCGACCAACAUCGGUCGAGCUAGCACCUCGGCGGCGGACCGCAAGAGCCGCAUGUAUCGAAUGUCGCAAGCGGAAAACAAAGGCAAGGAACCGUCGCUAUGAAAGAGGGCUGUUUUGGUGCGAGUGCUCGCUAACCUGUGCCUGAUGGGUCCCAGUGUACUGCUGAGCGACCCCGUUGCUCUGAAGCGACGUUUUGUUGACCUGGAGGACAAGGUGAACAUUUACGAGCAGGUCUAUGCCAUCCUCAGGUCUCGUCCACAGCAUGAGGCCAACUCGGUCUUCAAGCGAAUCCGAACCGGUGACGACCCGCAGAGCAUCCUUCGGCAUGUCGAGCACGGCGAUCUUCUUCUCCAGCUCAGAGUUGUCCCGGAAUCCCGAUACCGAUACGAAUUCCCCUUCAUGUCCCCGCUCCCCGCCCGGCUGCAGACCCAGGACAACCCCUAUUUAGGAUCGCUCAUAUACGAGUGGGAGGUUGAGCGCCCUAGAUCCCCCGUCAGGUCGCCGAAACGAAGAGGCAAGCAGCUGGAAACCGACCGGUCAGCAAGUGAAGACUCUACCACGCCGGGCCCCGGUCCCUAUGUGAAGCCGUUUCAUGCCGCCGAAGUGCAUGACCCUCUUAUCGACUCGGCCGAGCCGUCAAAAUGGACCGACGUCACGACGGAUAAUACUCUCCUUCGAAGUCUCUUGAGGUCCUAUUUCCUACACGAGUACCAGUGGUUCUCGGCAUUUCAGAAAGAAUACUUUCUCUCCGAUAUGAUUGCAGAUCGACGUCAGUUUUGCUCCCCCUUGUUGGUCAAUGCAGUUCUUGCCCUUGCUUGCCACAGCUACCGCGAAUUGACGGACCGGGCCGAGUUCUGGAACCCUAGAACACUUGGCUAUGGCUUCCUGACCGAGGCCAAAAGACAUUGGGAGUUGGAGCAGGCGGGGGGCCGAGGCAAGCUCACAACGAUUCAAGCUGCCAUCAUCCUCAACAUUGUGUAUAACUUGAAUGCCAUGGUCAAGCUUGGGUGGCAAUACACGCUCCAGGCGAUUGAUAUGGCACACAAGAUGAAGCUGUUCAAGAAGCCUGAGAACUGGGAAACGUUGAAUCCCAGGUUAAGGGCUGGCCGAGAUUUCACGGCAUGGAGCCUAUUUGGCUGGCAAAGCCACUGUACCUACACUUUGUUUGAGAAGCCACUCGUAGACGACCCCCCGGAGGUGCCGCUGCCUGCCAUCACAGCUGACCCAAGUUGGUAUGGCGAGGUGUGGCUCAAGUACCCCCUCGAAAAAAUCCUGUAUCCGAGCCAUUUUGCAGAAUUUUACAAGGCCAACACAGAGUUUCGGGUGAUAUUGAACGACAUUUCCAAAACGUUGCACGGGGAGGCAGGGCAGAGUCGAUCACCACCAGCCGAAUCCAAGAUUGCUGCGCUUUACUGGAGAUUGCAAGCAUGGUAUGCUGCGCUGCCCGAAUCACUUUCGCCUAGGACGAUUGUGUUUACUGCGCAGAUGAAGCUUCACAUGCAUUACCACCAUGCCAUUGUUACCAUGCUACAAAGCCUCAUGACCGGCGUAUCAGAUAUUACGAGCUCAGCUCCGGCUGCGUCUCCGGAGUCAGUGGCGUUUCCAGCACCGUCACAAAACGUCCUCGCUAUUUCUUCUCUUUUGAACAGUGACCCGCCAUCAGAACCAACAGGGCCACCACUUCCACCCCUCCAGACCGCAUUCACGUUGCACCGAACACAGUACGAAACGCUGCUCAGGCUGUACUACCUUCGCCACGGAUUCGAAGCUCUGGACGUCUUCAUCAUGGUGUCACUCAUGACACUCGCGUUUAUCACAACCAAAGAGCUCGAAGACACCCGUCUCUCCUCGGCCCAGCCGCCUUCCGAAGAACAAAAAGCACACAUUGAUUCCCUACGAGCCACCCUUGUCCUGUGCACCAGAGGGCUGUACGACCAAGGGAAGAGUUACUAUCUGUCCCAGACCAUCUUUCGUCUAGUACGAAGUGGGAUGCAUGUUGACGAGAAGGAGCUGCUCCGCGAAUAUGCCUCUCUACCUGACGAGGAAGACAGCGCGGAUGCGAAGAUGAGAGAAGAACUGGCCCAAAGGUUGUGGCCGCAUCCCCACCCCCAGGCGCAGAACGACUGGCAGGAAGACGUCGAGACGGAACAUGCAUCCGGGCCAGCGGCUCAGGAACAAGAGGGAUGGAAAGUGCUGGAUGUAUUAUUGAAGAACUAUGGAGAGGUCAGGAUGGAAGCUCCGGAGAGCGACGACUCGGAAGAUCAAGGGUAGGUGCCUAGGUAGGUAGGUACCUAGGUAACAUGGCCAGGUAAUAACAAAAUGGGUAUUUAGGAAAAUAACAAGACUCUGCUUACAAAGAGGUUAAAUGAGGCUGUUCAGAGAUGA